AUGUCAAAUAGUCCUGAACUGCCUCCUCUCACCGAUAUUUACGCUUCCCUGCUACUUGGAAGCACUGUUCAAGUGUCAUACUGCGUUGGUGACAAUCAGCUAUACAGCUUUCUGACCUCUUGUUUUUUCCUAUUUGCGCGAACUACUCCUUCUGCUCUGUUAAGCUCUGCAGAACAAUCUGUCGCCAACUGGUCAAAAGUGAUUUCCGCUGUACUCACCACUCAUACCCAUCUGGAUUUAGUCAAGACAAAGACAGCAACGGAUAGAUCUGGAACACCAGGAUCAAUCCAUUGUACCGUUAACCCAGAGCAAACUUUACGCCAGUUUGUCAUUUGUAUCUAA